GCGGCAAGGUGGAUGGGGAGGCCAUGCCCAAGAAGCACUUCGCCAUAGCAGGCACCUUCUCUGAAUGGGAGCCUCUGCCCAUGAAGAAGGAAACCGAAGGCCUCUUCACCUGCUCGGUCACCCUGGGCGAGAACAGGUGGGAGCAGUUCCAGAUCUGGCUGGAUGGUGAUUCCACGAAGUGCUUGUAUCCGGAGCAGCACAAGGCGCCAUCCAAGUCGGCGGUCUUUGGUCCGGAUUUCGAUUCUGGAGGCAACUGCUGGCUUCUGGAUGGCCGACCUCAGGCGGAGCUGCGCCUGAGGCCCAAGGGGCCCGCGGGAUCGGCCCCUGGAGCUGUGGAGGAGGCCACGGGGCGCGGUCUCGCUGGCUCCUCCUGGAAAGUGCGGCUGUCAAUCAACGGGAAGUGGCGGUUGGUGGAUUGGGAGCGGUUAGACGAGCCCUUGGUGGCGGCAGAAGACCUGAAGAAGGGCGCCUAUUUCAUCACCGCGGACUUCAACGGCUGGGGCAUUGAGCCCAUGGAACAGCAAGCUGAUGGCAGCUGGGCUCUGGAGGUUCAUCUCAUCCGCCCAGGUGGUCAGUUCCAGAUCCUUCGGAACCGUGAUUCGGAGCAAGUCCUGUACCCUGCUGCUUGGGCUGAUCCCGACCCGUCGGCGGUGCGAGGCCCGGACGACAGCAGCGAUGGCCGCUGCUGGCACCUCAAGGGGGAGCAGUGCGAUGUCUUCCGCGUUUCGUUUCAACGCAAAGUGGACACAGGUCUCGACAUGAAGCAAGUCUCCAUCGAGCGCAAGGGCCAGAAGGAGCUCAGCGACCUGCAGCUCCGGCAGCUUGGCCGCCUGCGCCUGGCGGCCUUCGGUACCUGGGAUCGAGGUUCCAGACUCCGCGAGCUGCCAUGGGCGGGCACAUGCUUCCACUUCUACGUGCAGCUGGGUUCCGAGGGGCGCGAGUCCUUCCAGCUACUUGAG